GCCUCCGCCAAUCUGGACCCUCCUCGCGUUCCGUUCGCGCGUGCGAGCCGGCGCCGAGCUGGCUGGGCCCCGGAGGGCGGAUGGCGGACUCGCAGGCGUUCUGCGUGGCCGAGGAGCGCAGCGGCCACUGCGCCGUGGUGGACGGACACUUCCUCUACGUGUGGGGGGGCUACGUGUCUAUUGAAGACAAUGAGGUGUACUUGCCGAACGACGAAAUGUGGACCUACGAUGUUGAUAGUGGGUUGUGGAAGAUGCACCUAAUGGAAGGGGAGCUCCCUCCCUCCAUGUCGGGAAGCUGCGGGGCUUGCAUCAAUGGAAGGCUCUAUGUUUUUGGAGGCUAUGACGACAAAGGAUACAGCAACCGACUUUACUUUGUCAAUUUACGAACAAGAGAUGGAACUUACAUCUGGGAAAAAAUCAUCAAGUUUGAUGGACAACCACCCACACCACGUGAUAAACUUUCCUGCUGGGUGUAUAAAGACAGAUUAAUAUAUUUCGGUGGUUAUGGGUACAGGAGGCACAGUGAGCUUCAAGAAUGUUUUGAUGUCCAUGACGCAUCUUGGGAAGAGCAGAUAUUCUGGGGGUGGCACAAUGAUGUCCAUGUGUUUGACACGAAGACGAGGACAUGGUCUCAACCAGAAAUUAAAGGUGGAGUCCCACCACAGCCACGAGCCGCGCAUUCAUGUGCAGUUCUGGGAAAUAAGGGUUAUGUCUUUGGCGGACGCGUUUUGCAAACCAGGAUGAAUGACUUACACUAUCUAAACCUAGAUACCUGGGUCUGGUCUGGAAGGAUUUCUGUUAAUGGAGAAAGUCCCAAACACCGGUCAUGGCACACUUUAACAGCAAUAGCUGAUGAUAAGCUUUUCCUAUUUGGUGGACUAAGUGCAGAUAAUAUUCCACUAAGUGAUGGCUGGAUUCAUAAUAUAAUAACAAACUGUUGGAAACAACUUAGACAUUUACCUUACACCAGGCCCAGGUUAUGGCACACAGCCUGUUUGGGAAAAGAAAAUGAAAUAAUGGUAUUUGGUGGGAGCAAAGACAACUUACUUUUCUUGGAUACAGGUCACUGUAAUGAUUUAUUGAUCUUUCAAACACAGCCCUAUUCACUGCUCAGGUCUUGCCUUGACUGCAUUGGGAAAAAUGCUAUCAUUUUAAAAAGUCAAAUAUCUUUAUUACCUCCUAAACUUCUGCAGCAAGUCCUCAAAAAAAUAACAUUUUGGACUGCAGCUAAUUACCGAAAGGAGCAAAGAAUCCGAAAGGAAGAGACAGAGAAUAAGCAGCCGAGGGUCAGUAGCUGCUGAGCCCGUGAAGCCCAGUGUGUCUGUGUGUUUGCAUCAGACCACACAUUUCACCCUCCGCUGCAGUGAAGCCUGGAGUGGAGGACACAGUGGGAAACAUGUGUUUUGCUAAUGUGAUUACAUGGUACAGGGUAUAUGGAAAUAAGAUGUGGUUAAAGAUUUAUCUGUGUGUUUGUUUACUGAUUUGCUUUUUAAAAGAAUAAGUGUUCUUCCUGGAAAUAAGUACAGUAACAACAGAUCUUAACUCAAUGUGUACUCUUUUCUUGAAAUAUUAUAUAAAUUUGAAAAACAGAAAUUGCUCUAAGAUCUUCAGAAAUCCUGUGACACAACUGUGGAUGUAGAUAUAAAAAUAUUCCUAAUUAACUUCCAUAUGUUAAGAUCACCUAAGUGUCUCCUUAAAUAGCACCAUCAGAACUUUUCGUCCCUGUUGUUGAGCAGGGAAGCAUGUUUACUUGGUUCUGGCUUCACCCUGCUAGGACCAUAUGAGUGGAGGUUGUUUUGUCUACCAGCUUUGAAAUAUUGGGGUGUGGGUUAUUAGUAGCUUUUGAGACAUGGUGAAAUACACUUUGCCUUGGGAAACGUGUUUCUAAAGUAUUAUUUGUGAGUAAUGUGUGGUGAUAAUGUAGUAUUUUUGACUCUCUGACCUCCCCCACCUCGCUUGAGCUGUGCUGCUCUACAGAUGGAUGCUCACACGUCCACACGCUGACAUCCCCUCUGCUGCUCGUAGCACCCGUUACCCAGAAACGGGAGACCACACUGUCACAUUCCUCAGAAUGGUACUUAGGCCAUUUUGGGACCCCUUUUUUUUCAUAUUAUUUGUCUUUUCCUUCCAUUACAAUUAAUUACUAAUGGGUUCAAUAUAUGACGUUACCCCCUUCACUGUCACCAUGUAAGUUAUUUCUGAGCAUUAAAAUGCUGGGAGAGUAUAUUUCUAUAUUGUAUAUAAUUUAUAGUGAAGACCGUACUUCAUUAAACUGUAGAUAUGUUUUAUACAUGCUGUAUUUGGAUGUGUAAAGCUUCUAUUUAUGUGUUGGAAUAGAUUGUGUUUACAAUUUAUUUAUUGAACACAGUAUAGAUUUAUUGCCUCACAGCUUCGUCAGUGUGGACCAGUCAGUGUUCAUUUCAGUGUGGCGCUGGCAACAUGGCUCAGAGUGCAAAAGUGCUUGCUGAGAAAGCCCAGUGGACCUAUUUCCAUCCCUGGUACCAACAUAAGCGGGGAGGAGAGAACUAAUGCCAUAAAGAUUACUCUCUGACCUUCACGUGUUUGCCGUGGCAUACGUGCCCAAGCAUACAAUGCAUGCAAUACAAUAAUAUCAAAUAAAUAACAAAUUUUUCAGUGUG